GUCAAGAACUACUGAAAGGGGGAAUUCAUGCGAUUUUCAAACUGCGAAUGAUUCAGCUUUUCUACCUUCUGCACCACUCUCGGCAAACCUACCACUGGCCCCUCUCGGCUCCCUUUGUUCCGGGGGAAGUUCUUCAUACCCCACAUCUUAUCGUCACUACGGACUUCUGCCGACUCUGGUACUAUGAUUCUAUCGGACUUCGCUCCAGCUAUGCAAAUCCCCCUCGGAAACAGCGCAGAUCGUCCUAUCUCGGUCCAAUUUCCCUCCAUUCUCGCAGCGAUGCUGUAUAAAGAGAGCCUUCUGGCCAGGCUUUAGCCAGAAUCGCGUCGAAGAACACGAUUCCAUCAGACCCUUAUACGACCUUAACCCGAAGAGUCUUUCGUUUAUCAGAGCUGCGAGUCUGCGGCUGUGGGGCCGAUUCCCGUUUCACAAUGUCUCUUGCUCAGAAUCAUUACGUUGUCAAGCUCCCUGUAACGCCUUCGAGGACUAGAUCCCUAGAACCUCGUGCAAUUGCCCAACAGUGGAUUGCGAGUUUAGAUGUUCUCCUUAAUCGUGGAGACUUCUCGCAGCUCCCAGAGCUCUUCCACCAAGAGUCCUGGUGGAGAGACAUGCUAGCCUUGGAUUGGGACCUUCGUACGAUUCAAAAUUGCAAGAACAUUGAAGACUACCUUCGCCGUAAUCAACCAAAGUCUCAGCUUUCGGCUUUCCGUCUACAGCAUGAGGGCAAGUUCCAGCCCACAUUUGACAGGCCAGUGGAAGGCCUAAGUUGGAUAUCUUCCAUGUUCUUUUUCGAAACCAGUGUUGGACGCGGAACCGGCGUUCUUCGUCUCACUCAAAACGCCACCGGAGCAUGGAAAGCAUACUCAAUCUACACUUCGCUACAGGAGUUUAAAGAUUUCGAAGAGCCUCUCGGAUCGAAAAGACCAGAAGGGACUAUUGAAACAAUGCCGGGGGGUCUCAGUCAGGGAAACUGGCUAGAAAGACGUCAGAGACAACUCGAGUUCAUGGAUGAAGAGCCUACUACCCUUGUUGUUGGCGCUGGUCAAGCUGGUCUUAAUAUGGGUGCCCGACUUCAAUCUCUCGGUGUGUCCUGCCUGAUAGUUGACCGGAAUGAGAGGAUCGGCGACAACUGGAGGAAGCGCUACAGGACUCUAGUAACCCAUGAUCCGGCGGAAUUCACUCACAUGGCGUACCUUCCUUUCCCAAAGAACUGGCCCCAAUUUACCCCGAAAGACAAGCUCGGCGACUGGUUUGAAGCAUAUGCUAGCAUCAUGGAACUGAACGUUUGGCUCCAGACCAGCAUCAAAUCUGCGGUAUAUGAUGACGCAAAAGCACAGUGGACAGUGGUUGUAACCCGAGGUGAUGGGUCCGAGCGAACCCUCCAUCCACGCCAUCUCAUCUGGUGCACCGGUCAUUCUGGAGAACCAAAGGUUCCACAUUUCCCAGGACAAUCCCAGUUCAAGGGGCAAGUGUACCACGGUAGCCAACACGAUGACGCAUCCAAGCAUGACGUUAGAGGAAAGAAGGUAGUUGUCGUCGGUACCGGGAACAGCGGACACGACAUUGCUCAGAACUUCUACGAGAACGGCGCACAGGUAACCAUGCUCCAAAGAAGUGGAACAUACGUCAUCACAGCAGAAAAGGGUGUUUUCAUGAUGCACGAAGGUCUCCACGAAGACAACGGACCACCUACAGAAGAAGCCGACAUCAUGUCAGAAAGCUUACCAUACCCGGUCCAGUUUGCACUUGCCGUCCACUUCACCAAGAGAGCAUAUGCUGCAGAAAGAGAACUCUUAGAAGGCCUCCAAAAAGCAGGUUUUGAACUUGACUUCGGCGUAGACGGCGCCGGCAUCUCUCGCGCAUAUAUGACCCGGGGCGGAGGUUACUACAUUGACGUUGGAUGCAGUCCGCUCAUUGCCGGCGGCAAGAUCAAAGUCAAGCGUAGUCCCGAGGGAAUCACCGGUUUCACUGAGCACAGUCUGAUCCUGAAAGACGGCAGCGCUCUUGAAGCAGACAUAGUCGUCCUUGCGACCGGAUACGACAACAUGCGGACCACCGUCCGCAAGAUUCUAGGUGAUACAGUCGCAGACCGGUGCAAGGAUGUUUGGGACCUUGAUGAAGAAGGAGAGAUUAAUGCGAUGUGGCGACCCAGCGGCCAUCCAGGAUUCUGGUUCCAUGGAGGAAACCUGGCUCUAUGCCGUAUCUAUUCCAAAUUCCUGGCUCUGCAGAUCAAGGCUAUAGAAGUGGGCUUAGUAUCCCCGGGACAGGAUCAAGCCCAGCCGAAAUUGUAG